AUGGACGACUAUCAAAAGAUUGAAAAGAUUGGCGAGGGUACUUACGGCGUGGUGCACAAGGCUCGUCAUAAGCUGACCCAAGAGCUGGUGGCUAUGAAGAAGAUUCGCCUUGAGAAUGAAGACGAAGGUGUUCCCUCUACUGCCAUUCGCGAGAUCACUAUUCUCAAGGAGCUGAAUCAUCCAAACAUCGUUUGUCUUAAAGAUGUGCUCUUGCAAGAGAAUCGACUUCACCUGGUGUUUGAAUUUCUUUCCAUGGAUCUCAAGAAGUAUCUGGACUCUAUUCCCAGCAACCAGACAAUGGACAAAGAGCUUGUUCAGAGCUACAUGAAGCAGCUUCUCGAUGCCAUUGUCUUCUGCCAUUCUCGUCGCAUAAUUCAUCGCGAUUUAAAGCCCCAGAACUUGCUGAUCGACAACAAAGGCACAAUCAAAAUAGCCGACUUUGGCCUGGCCCGUGCAUUUGGAAUUCCCAUUCGCCCAUACACACACGAGGUCGUUACUCUUUGGUAUCGUGCUCCUGAAGUUUUACUGGGAAGCCAAAAGUACUCCACCCCAGUGGAUAUUUGGAGCAUUGCUUGCAUUUUUGCUGAAAUGAUCACUAAAGUGCCACUUUUCCAUGGUGACUCAGAGAUUGAUCAGCUCUUUCGAAUCUUUCGCACUUUGGGCACUCCAAUAGAUGAACAGUGGCCGGGCGUUUCGUCACUCCCCGACUAUAAGUGCAGCUUUCCCACCUGGAGAGACAACAUUCUGCACACCGUUCUGCCCGGAGUGGAAGGCGAAGCUCUGGAGUUGAUCAAGUCAAUGCUCGUCUACGAUCCUCAGAAGCGCAUCUCUGCCAAAGGCGCACUGCUUCAUCCCUACUUUUUUACUUAA